AUGAGAGCCCUUGGCCGCUUUUUGGCCUUGGCGCUGCUGCCUCCGUUGCUCUUCGUGGCGCCGGGUCGCCGUGCCACCGGUGUGCCCGGUGGCUGUCGCGGUCGCAGCCUUGCGCGGCAUGUGCAGCGGAAUCCCUACGACGUGCUGGGCCUGUCCAGUGGCUGCAGCUACGACGACAUCCGGGCAGCCUUUCGCAAGCUGGCCAGGACCUAUCAUCCUGAUGUUCCAGACACUGGAGACGAAGAUCGUUUCCGGUCCAUCCGGGAGGCCUUGGAAGAAUUGGGCACCCCUGCAGGUCGAGCCCGGUGGUCUGGGGGUGGAGCCCAUGCGCACGCUGCGAGCAGAGCCAGCUAUAGCAGUUACACCUCGGAUUUCCAGGGCUACGGCUACGGUAGCUAUGGGUACGAGACCAGGGGUGAUCCCUAUGGGCAGCGCGCCCAGCGUGACGACCGAAAGCGUCGUCAAGAGACGGAGCGUGAGAGGCGCGAGCAGAACGAGCGCGAAUGGAGGCGAGAGAACAGGCGGAAAAAGGAAGAUGCGAAGAAAUAUGCAAAGAAGAAGGCUCAAGGAGCCGAAGCGCAAGAUGCCAUCAUGGAGAGAGAACUGAAGAAGGCGGCUAUGGUGGUGGUGUGGAUGUGGUUUCUUGUGCAGAGUAACACAAAUGGGAAUUUUGAGCAGAAGGAACAGGUGGAUUUAUCCAACUGCGAUGAGGAGAGCUCCUUUGAACAUUGA